AUGAAGGCGGCAUUAUCAACAAAUGCAAUGCUACUACUCUUAGUUCUAGUAGUACUCUCCCCCAUCACUCCCCCAUCCGCCUUCGCGGCCCGAUCACUGGCCGAAACCCUGCCCACACCGUGGCAGACCUCGACCAGAUCGCUCGCAGAGACCCUAGCCACCUCGUCGCAGACCCCACUCCCCGUUCUGGACGUGGGCGGGAAAGUGGUCCGUUCGGGAAGCAACUACUACAUCCUGCCCGCGGUCAGCGGUGAGGGAGGCGGUCUGGCUCUAGCCAGCCAGACCAGCGACCCGGAGGACUGCCCGCUGACCGUGGUCCAGGACGAGGACGAGAUCUCGCAGGGGCUCCCGCUCACUUUCGGGCCCGUCAACACCAAGACGGGCUACACGGUCCGCACUUUCACGGACCUGAACGUCCGGUUCGUGGCGGACACUCAGUGCGACGAGGGCACGGUGUGGAAGGUGAGCGACUACGACGACGACCUGGAGCAGUGGUUCGUUGGGACAGGAGGGGUCGAAGGGAACCCCGGCCCGAGGACGGUUCAGAACUGGUUCAAGAUCUGGAAGUACGGCUCCAACUACAAGCUCGUCUACUGUCCCGCGGUGUGCAAGUCGUGCAAGGUGGAUUGCAAGGAUGUCGGGAUCUAUGUGGAUGAGAAUGGCGGGAGGAAGUUGGCCCUUGUUGAAAAAGAUGGAGAUCCUUUUGUGAUCAAGUUUGUGAAGGCUGAUUGA